AUGCUGCGUUUAAGUUCUCAAAUAUGCAAGCAAAGCAUUACGCUGCAACGUCUGCCUAGCAGCAUAAACACAAUAAACACCAUCAGGCUACAAUUGGUCACCAGAAAGAUGACACAACAGCAUCCAAAAAUUGACUUCACAACGAGCAUUCCGAUUGCCAAGAAAAACAAGGAUAAAAUCACAGCGCUUGGUUGGUUCCUACUCCUCAUACCCGCCACGACAUUUGGCCUAGGCGUUUGGCAAGUGAAGCGGAAAUUCUGGAAAGAGCAGCUAAUUAGGGAUUUGGAUAAACAGAUGCAUAUGGAGCCAGUUAGUCUGCCCGAUGACUUAAGUGAGCUAACACAAAUGGAGUAUAGGUUGGUUAAGCUGCGAGGACGCUUUUUGCAUGACAAGGAGAUGCUGAUGGGACCCCGCUCACUCAUCCGACCAGAUGGAGGGGAAACACAAGGUGGACUGUUCUCACAGCGCGAUUCGGGCAAUGGUUACCUCGUAGUCACGCCGUUCCAGCUGGCUGACAGGGAUGACAUUGUCCUGGUUAACCGAGGCUGGGUCUCACGCAAGCAUAUGGAGAAGGAGACACGUGCCUUGGGUCAGUACCAAGACGAAGUGGAGUUGACGGCUGUUGUACGCCAAGGCGAGACUCGUCCACAGUUUACGCCAGAUCACAAAGAUGGCAAAGUCUACCUCUAUCGCGACUUGCAGAGGAUGUGCAAGAGCUCUGGCUCUGCGCCCAUCUUUCUCGAUGCGAUUUAUGAUCCAAAGGCGGCGGAGAAUAGUCCCAUAGGUGGACAGACACGCGUUACUCUUCGCAACGAUCAUCUCUCGUAUCUGGUUACCUGGUUCAGCUUGUCGGCAGCUACCUCAUACCUGUGGCACCGCCAGAUUGUUAGGAGAAUACCGUUUUGAUUUAUCAAUUUCUGAAUUGUUUAUUUUGUUAUAAAAUUUACAUAAUAUGUGUAAAUGCUUGUUCAAUGAUCAAUUGGUACAGAAAAGUAGCUCCUGUAUAUAGUGAACUAACUGGGCAGUCCGUUUGCAACGGCAAUGUUUGUAUAUUUAUAUAUUGCAACUGGAACGACAUUUGGUUGUAGGAAUAGAUGUGGGAAUACUUAGGCGUAUCUAGCGAAAUACUUGAACUAUUUAUAUAUAUCAUUUAUAUAAAAAA